AUGGGUGAUUGGAGUUUCCUGGGAAACAUUUUGGAAGAAGUUAACGAACAUUCCACUGUAAUAGGAAGAGUGUGGUUGACAGUGCUGUUUAUUUUUCGAAUCCUAAUUCUUGGCACGGCUGCCGAGUUCGUCUGGGGAGACGAACAAUCAGAUUUUGUUUGCAAUACUCAACAGCCAGGUUGCGAGAAUGUCUGCUAUGACGAAGCCUUUCCCAUCUCCCAUAUAAGAUUGUGGGUUCUCCAGAUAAUCUUCGUCUCCACACCAUCCUUGGUCUAUGUUGGCCAUGCAGUUCAUCACGUAAGGAUGGAGGACAAGAGAAAAGAAAGGGAAGAAGACGUGAAUAGAGAAGAAGCGAACGAGGAGAAACUACCUUUAGCUCCAGAUGAAGGCAUUAAGGAGUCCACCAAAACGAACAAGAAGUUCCGCUUGGAAGGCACGUUACUUAGAACAUACAUCUGCCAUAUAAUUUUCAAAACAAUUUUUGAAGUUGGUUUUGUAGUUGGCCAGUAUUUCCUCUACGGAUUCCGCAUUCUACCACUCUAUCGCUGCAGUAGGUGGCCUUGUCCCAACAUAGUUGAUUGUUUCGUCUCAAGGCCAACUGAGAAGACAGUUUUUGUUAUUUUCAUGCUGGCCGUGGCUUCAGUAUCUCUUUUCCUAAAUGUUAUCGAAAUAAGCCACCUGGGCUGGAAGAAGAUCAGGUUUGCUUUUCGGAAGACUGUCCAACAGCCUGCAGAUUAUCCUUCACAGAAACUUUUCCAUUCCAUUAGUGUGUCUUCCGUGCAGAAAGCUAAAGGUUACAAACUCCUCGAAGAAGAUAAACCAAUGCCCCAUUUUUUCCCGAUGUCAGAGGCUGGGGUAGAUGUCACUCCAGCUCCCUUAAUCGGUUAUCAAGAAAAAGUCAAGAGUGUUGGUCCGGUGGAGGAUAUGAUUAAGGUCUACAAUGAGACGUUGCUGACCUAUGAGCAGCAAGACGAUGCCGAACCAGAACUACAGGCAGGUCCAGAACCACAAGCAGAAGCAGAAUUUGUGGCAGAAUCAGAACCUGCACCACUGGCAGAACCAGAAGAAAAUGGCGGAACAACAGAGCCGGAUCCACCAGCGGGAACUAGCGAAAGCCUACCGGACACAAGACCAUUGAGCAGAUUAAGCAAAGCGAGUAGCCGAGCUCGGUCAGAUGAUUUAACAGUUUGA